AUGAUGCAAUCUUGUACAGAGGCGACGACUCGUAGUUUUUGGCGUGAUGAUGGAAUCGAUUAUUCUGUUUCCAACUCGGAAGGUAUGUCGGGUGGCCAAAUAUCCUUGUGGAAUUCUAGAGUUAUGGAGUUUAUGUUUAGCAUUAGGGGUAAUGGCUAUAUCUGUAUAAAAGUGUUUUGGAAGGAAAAUCUCUAUUAUAUUUGUAAUGUUUAUUCUGCUUGUGUUCUAUCACUUAAACGGGAGUUGUGGAAAAAUCUUUUGGAUUUGAAGUCUCGAUACACAGACGGUGAAUGGAUAAUAGGAGGUGACUUCAACGCUGUUAAAGAAGGAAAGGAGAGGAAAUGGGGGACUAUCGGGGGCUGCCACACUCAAUGGGAAGAGUUUUCCCGUUUUAUUGAAGAUAUUGGUCUGAUUGAUGUGUCAUGCAAAGGGAAGAAGUUCAGCUGGUACAGUGAAGAUGGGAAGUUCAAAAGUCGCAUAGGCCGUUUUCUCAUCUCUAACAACGUCCUUGAUUCAUGGGGGGUAGUGGCUCAGCUUAUUGGUAUGUGGGAUAUUUCCGAUCAUUGUCCUGUUUGGUUAGUUACGAAUAGAGAGGAUUGGGGCCCAAAGCCAUUCAAAUUCAACAACAAUUGGUUCCAACAUAAAGAGCUUUUGGAAUUUGUAGAGAGGGAGUGGAAGGAGUUGGAGGUUUAUGGUAUAGGAGACUAUGUCUUAAAGGAAAAAAUUGAGAUUGUUAAAAGGUAG